GGGUGAAGCGGAAGCGCUUCAAACCGGGAUGUUGCGGGCCGUAGCGCGUGGGCGGCCGUGGGGCCUUUGGCGCGCGCGGGGUCUCUGGCGGUGGGUCAGGACCUGCGGGUCGCCUCCGCCGGUGUUGAAGCCUCCUGUGUGCACACUUUCUCCUCAGCACUUGGGACGACCUAAUUUCACUGUUAGGAACGGUUGAUCCCGAACACAGGAGGGAGGGUAAAUAUCGUAAAACAUGUUGGACGCUAGCUGUGUGCACGCCCCCUGGGAGCCAAAAGGGCGAAGUAAAACAUGCACACGACCGUAAUGAGAUUCUGAGUAAGUUGUAUAUCAUUAGAGAGGGGACAAAAUAAUAGGGUCUUGGCAAAGUCUUAUGAAGAAGCUGCGCCUGCCUAGAAAGAUAGAUGGGACUGUGCUGUUUUCGCUUUCAGUUCAGUGAUGGGGAGCCGUGUUUGGCAGUGCAGAGGUAGCGAAGUGUCCCAAGAACAUGGAAGACUGAAUCUCGCUCUGUUGCCCAGCUCAUCUCGGCCCACUGAAACCUCCACCUCCCGGGUUCAAGCGAUUCUCCUGCCUCAGCCUCCCGAGUAGCUGAGAUUACAGGCGCCCGCCACCACACCCAGCAUGCUGAUCCCAUUUUCAAUGAAGAAUUGCUUCCAGUUACUUUGUAACUGCCAGGUCCCAGCAGCUGGCUUUAAAAAAACAGUAAAAAAUGGGCUCAUUUUACAGUCAGUUUCCAAUGAUGUCUAUCAAAAUCUGGCUGUGGAAGACUGGAUCCAUGACCAUAUGAAUCUAGAAGGCAAACCAAUUCUAUUCUUUUGGCGGAAUUCUCCCUCUGUUGUAAUUGGUAGGCAUCAAAAUCCUUGGCAGGAAUGUAACCUGAAUCUAAUGAGAGGAGAAGGUAUAAAACUGGCUCGGAGAAGAAGUGGAGGAGGAACAGUCUACCAUGAUAUGGGUAAUAUCAAUUUGACUUUCUUUACAACCAAAAAAAAGUAUGAUAGAAUGGAAAAUCUGAAAUUAAUUGUGAGAGCUCUGAAUGCUGUCCAACCCCAGCUGGAUGUGCAGGCUACCAAAAGAUUUGACCUUUUACUUGAUGGACAGUUUAAAAUCUCAGGAACAGCUUCUAAGAUCGGCCGGACUACUGCCUAUCACCAUUGCACUUUAUUAUGUAGUACUGAUGGGACGUUCUUGUCUUCUUUGCUAAAGAGCCCUUACCAAGGGAUCAGGAGCAAUGCCACUGCUAGCAUACCUUCCUUAGUGAAAAAUCUUUUGGAAAAGGAUCCCACUCUGACCUGUGAAGUACUAAUGAAUGCUGUCGCUACAGAGUAUGCUGCUUAUCAUCAAAUUGAUAAUCACAUUCACCUAAUAAACCCAAUGGAUGAGACACUGUUUCCUGGAAUAAAUAGCAAAGCCAAAGAACUGCAAACUUGGGAGUGGAUAUAUGGCAAAACUCCAAAGUUUAGUAUAAAUACUUCCUUUCAUGUGUUAUAUGAACAGUCACACUUGGAAAUUAAAGUAUUCAUAGACAUAAAGAAUGGAAGAAUUGAAAUUUGUAAUAUUGAAGCACCUGAUCAUUGGUUGCCAUUGGAAAUACGUGACAAAUUAAAUUCAAGUCUUAUUGGCAGUAAGUUUUGCCCAACUGAAACUACCAUGCUAACAAAUAUAUUACUUAGAACAUGUCCACAAGACCACAAACUAAACAGUAAAUGGAAUAUUCUCUGUGAAAAAAUUAAGGGAAUAAUGUGAUUCCAAGUAAAUGUCUUAAUACAGUUUCAAUUAGAAAAUAAAAUGUCUCAUACUUGCACAUUGUAUGUCAAAAAAACCUAGUCUCUUUCAGUAACUUC